UGUGUGUGUGUGUGUGUGUGUGUGUGUGUGUUUCAGAGCUGUGUGUGAUGGCAGAGAUGGAGGACAUGAGUGCAUCUGUGGACGUUCAGGACGUUUAUACGAAGGUGAAGUGUAAAGUGGGCAGCUUCCACAUAGAUCACUACAGAAGCAGUGCUGAAGAGAGCCCGAGUGGUGGGGUCGUCCUCUCUUGCACUGAAAAGCUGAACAGACGCACGGUUCUGCUGCGGCCGCUCAGCAAGCAGGAGCCUUACAGCCAUUUCAUCUUCUUUCCACCUACGGCGGGCGAAGGCUCUGGAGGUCUCGCACCAGCAGCACGGCUUCCUGUCAGUGACCUACACGCAGGCCGUGACGCGGAAUGUGCGGCACAAGCUGACGGCGCGUCAGGAGCGUGUGCCGGCGUCUCAGAGGCUGUGUGAGGAUGUGGCGGACGGGUCGCCGCAGUACCUGCACGAGAUCCUGCUCACGGCGCAGCCCUUCGACCUGGUGCUGUUUUGCCCUCUGCUGGUGAUGGUGGCGCGCGUCUUCAAAUUGUCCCCGCCGCCACACCUGCGUCCACCGAUCCGAAG